UGCCAUGGGAGACGCGGCAGCGCUCGCGCACUGCUGUGGCUCGCGAUCAGCUCAAGUCAGAAACUCUCCGUUACAAUCACGGGAAAUCAGGAUGAUUUUACUAUUCAGACGGAUGAUUUCACGAUUCAUGCGGAAUUAAGGGAGGCGAAGUCUGGGUUUCGACUUCCACAGGUGUGUAAACAUACAGAAACAUUCAACACGAUAGAUAAUCACGAGAGAUUUCAGAGUUCACACAGGACCUCAGUGAACUCAUCCAGAACUCAUCCAGUCAUUAUGGCUGUAUGGAGUUUUGAAUCCGACGGAGAUUAGAGCUGCCCAGAGCGUCUCAUCUCCUCCUGCACUCAGUGAAAUUAACCCGUAAUCCCCUCAGUGACCUGCUGCUCUUCCUGUGCAGCACCCUGGAGAACACGCUGAAGGAGAUCCGCUUACUCCACAGGAGGAACAUCUCAACACGCUCCGAUGAGGAUUUCAGCUCUUCAGGAACAUUAAUAUUCACCCGAGCAUCUGAAUGUUUACUCCUCACCGUAUCCAGCAUGGCUGACGCCCGGAUUAGACGGCCAGUGGAACAACUCCAGGAAUUAUCCUCGCUGUGCUUUGGUUUGUCAUGGAGUAGCAGGAAGUGAGAUGGAAUUUCCUCCAUAUAAUCACGGCGAGAUGAUCUCCACGUCAGACGUCUGCUGAAGAGUUUCAUAUGGCGGAGGGCUGUGGUGGUGUUUUCUAGUAUAUUCCGGAUCGCUGCAGAUAUGCUCCAGACCAAUAACUACUCGCUGGUGCUGCUGAUCCAGCUGGCACUGCUGACCUUUGACCUGUUCGUUAACUCCUUCAGUGAACUGCUGCGGGCCGCGCCGGUCAUACAGCUCGUGCUCUUCAUAAUCCAGGACAUCGGCAUCCUGUUUAACGUGCUCAUCAUUCUUCUCAUGAUGUUCAACACAUACGUGUUCCAGGUGGGGCUGGUGUCGCUGUUACUGGAGCGAUUCCGAGCGCUGCUGAUACUGUCUGCACUCUACCUGACUCUCAGCAUCUGCUUUCACUGCUGGGUCAUGAACCUGAGGUGGAUGGAGUCCAAUCGUUUCGUGUGGACGGACGGUCUGCAGGUUCUCUUUGUGUUCCAGAGACUGGCUGCUGUGUUGUAUUACUACUUCUACAAACGCACAACCGAGUAUCUGGGAGACCCCAGACUUUACGAAGAUUCCCCAUGGCUCCGUGACGCAUUUGCUAGAGCGCGACAGUGAAACGACACGCCUGGAAACAAACCCAAAAUGGUGCACGGGGGACGUUAACGUUGUGCAAUACAACACACAACCAAAGCAUUUCAAGAAACAAAACGGAUGGACUCAUUCAGAGCCCCGCCACCUUAAAACAAACUUCUGAAUUGUAGGAAAGAGCCAAGAUGGCUUCCAUGGAGCACACUGGCGAUUGGAGAGAUCUCAUUUUGUGUUUUUAAUGACUGAGAAGCGCAACGAGAAAUAAAGCAUCAUGAAACCUGACGUCUGAAUGUCUCAAAACACAUCUUAGUACAAUAGUACAAAUGAUCUUACUGCCCGCACCAGGUGUAAAGCUACAAUUAUCAUAAAUUGCUUCUUACAUGUUGGUUGCGUAGACAUCUUGUUGUGUAAUGUAGUACGUACUAAAAUGUCUUUUUUAAAAUGGUUUUGGAUCAUUGCUUGAGCAGAGUUUGAUCGUACAGUCGAACUACGAGAGAUUUCGUUCACUUCGGUUUGCCUUUGAAGCGACGAGUGGAAUUUGGUCUCAAGGAAUUGUGAAUUUUUGUAUAUUGUGCCCAUCUUUUAAACAUUUUGUUUGUAAUGUUUUCAUAAACAUCCUCCAAGUGACACGUUCGGUAUAUUUUCAGUAAAUUGUCGACGGAGCAUCAACAAAGUGCCUCACUGUUCACCCAACACUACACAAAGUGAGUAAACAGCAGAGCGUCAGUGCACUUGUUAUGCCGAAAUCGAGAUCGCAUUUUUCUGUCAUUUAUGUUGUACUAAUAAACAUUUUCCA